AUGACAUCUCCAGACCCAAUAGUCCCCGAGCCAGCUUCGUCCGAGCCCCAUGCACCAGCGCCACAGGAAUCGCAAGGCGAAAACGGAGGCGAAAACGGCGCCGCAAAACCCGUAGCUCCACCAAAGACAUCUCCUGAUGCAGGCGUGACCGUAUUAACACCUGCCGAGCUGAAGAAGCAAGCAAAGGCCGAGAAAGCAGCUCGGAGACAACAGGCGUUGGAACAAAAGUCGGCGGGAGGUGCACCACAAGCCGCUAUACCAGCAGCAGCAGCACAGCCAUCGAAGGGCGAGUCACAGAAAGGAGCCAAGACACAACCAAAGCGGCGUCUUUCGGCAUCAACGGAUAUGAGGAAUUUGCCGGUUAGAUCGCCGCAGAAAGUUGCGCCCAUUGUGCCUGUGGUACCUAAGAAAGAAGACAAGACUGUGGAGUUCUUUAGGCACUUAUACAAGGCGCGGACUACGACGAUAGCCGGCGCGAAUAAGGAUGUUCAUCCAGCUGUUUUGGCUUUGGGGCUGCAGAUGAGCAACUAUACUAUUUGUGGGAGCUGCGCGCGGCUUGUCGCGACAUUGCAGGCAUUCAAGAGGGUCAUUGAAUCAUACGCUACACCACCUGGAAACUCACUUACACGGCAUCUUACAUCACAUGUCCUCUCACCACAAAUCGAAUACCUUGCUUCGUGCCGGCCGCUUUCGAUAUCUAUGGGAAACGCUAUCCGGUGGCUGAAGCUCGAAGUCUCGAAAGUCGAUAUCAGUACCCCGGAUUCCGAGGCCAAGAAAAAUCUAUGCGAGGCUAUUGAUGGAUUUAUUCGAGAGCGAGUCACGUUUGCCGAUCAAAUCAUCACUCGCAGCGCUGCGGACAAGAUCAAAGAUGGAGAUGUGAUUAUGACGUAUGCGAAAAGCAACAUCGUCCAGAAGUCUCUGGUCCAGGCGCAUAACGAUGGGAAGAAAUUCAGAGUCAUAGUCGUAGACUCGAGACCAUUGCACGAGGGGAAGCAUUUGGCAGCAGCUCUGGUUGGACUCGGAAUGGACGUCAAGUAUUGCCUGAUCAACGGAGUAAGCCACAAUAUACAGGAUGUCACGAAAGUCAUGCUGGGAGCUCACGCCAUGAUGAGCAACGGCCGGCUGUUUUCGAGAGUAGGGACUGCUUUGGUGGCGAUGGAAGCUAACGAGGCCGAUAAGCCGGUCCUGGUCCUUUGCGAGACAAUCAAGUUUACUGAGCGAGUGGCUUUGGACUCGAUCGUUCACAAUGAGAUAGCUCCAGCGGAUGAGCUCGUGAUACCCGGUGGAGCUCUCACAAUCUGGGAGGACAUCAAGAAGCUGCAGCUCUGCAACCCGAUGUUCGAUGUUACGCCUGCGGAGUACAUUCAGAUGAUUGUCACGGAGUCAGGGAAUGUGCCACCGACAUCGGUGCCAGUGUUGCAUAGAUUGGGAAAUGAGAGACAGUAA